AUGUCGAGUGAUUGGCUGUCGAACGAUGGUAGCGGAGAGGAUUACUCGAACGAUGAAACAUUUCCCAAUUCGGAAAAUGCAUCUGGGCAGACCAUCGAUUCGAUCAACAGGGCGCUGCAACGGUUCGAUUGGCCCGACUAUGUUGUGUUCGUGCUGAUGCUACUCAUCUGCAUUAUGAUUGGGAUCUUCUUUGGCUACAAGGACCAUCAGAAGCACAAACACCGACGAAAGCAGGCACGCCGGGAUUCGGAAGCAUUGGAUUAUCUGGUAGGCGGGCGGAAGAUGCAAAUUUUCCCAGUGUCAGUUUCGUUGGUGGCGAGUUGGAUUUCGGGCAUAUCCUUGCUUGGUACAUCCACCGAGAUUUACGUAUACGGGACGCAGUUCUGUUACAUAGUGAUCGCGGUGAUCUUGAUGGGUUUCGCUUUGCAUCACAUUUUUUUGCCAGUAUUCCACGAGCUACAGAUAACGUCUGCCUAUGAGUAUCUCCAGCGACGAUUCGAUCAUCGUAUGAGACUCUUUGGUUCGAUACUUUUUACAGUGGCUUGUCUUUUGUGGAUGCCUAUCGUCAUUUAUGUACCAGCACUGGCUUUCAAUCAAGUUACUGGCUUAAGUAUUCACAUCGUAACGCCCAUCGUUUGCAUUAUUUGUGUGUUUUACACCAGCAUUGGUGGAUUGAAAGCGGUCGUGUGGACGGAUGUCAUCCAAUCCGGCGUAACCCUGCUGGCUUUGUUAGCUGUUCUGAUCAGGGGUACCUACGCCGUUGGCGGUCCCAGAGAGGUGCUAGAGCGUAACAUAGCCGGUGAUCGGUUGGAGGCACCAAACUUUGAUCCCGACCCAACCCUACGUCACUCAAUAUGGAUUAUAUUAAUCGGAGCCCCUGUUUGGUUCUGCUACGGCGUAUCCUGUAGCCAGGAUAUGAUCCAGCGAUUUCUAGCGCUUCCUACGCUGCAGGAUGCGCGCAAAGCCCUGAGAGGUUUUAUUAUCGGAUGGAUUGUGGUGAAUGUGAUCUUCUUCCUCAUUGGAAUGCUGGUGUACGCAACGUACUAUCGGUGCGAUCCGCUCACAACGCAGCUGGCCAGAGCAAAGGAUCAGCUGCUGCCACUGUUCGUGAUGGAAACGUUUGCGGCCUACCCCGGCAUGACGGGAGUCUUCGUGGCGGGCAUCUUCAGUGCCGCGCUAAGUUCCUUAUCUUCCGCGUUGAACGCACUAUCCGCGAUUACGUUAGAGGACUUCUGUAAACCGUACUGCAAGAAGCCGCUAACAGAGAAACAAAUUCACUACAUCAUGCGCGGGUCGGUGCUGGUGUACGGUGCCUUGUCGGUUCUGCUGUCUAUACUGGUGGAGCAUCUUGGCACCGUGAUGCAGCUAACAAUGACACUUAGCUCCGCUUCGGGUGCUCCCCUGUUUGGGCUCUUUGUAAUGGGGAUUUUGAUGCCCUGGGUUAAUAGCACGGGAGCGUUGUACGGAGGCAUCACUGGACUCCUGGUGAUGCUGUUCAUGUGCUACAAGGCGCAAUACUUGAUCGCGUCUGGAAGCAGAACGUUCGAUACGAAGCCCACAUCGGUCGAGGAUUGCCCGUACGAGUUUGCGUUCAACGCGACAGCCGGACAGGUGACGAGCGAGACAGAACUGGAGCAGGUGGAAAAAUCAAUCUAUCACAUGUCGUACAUGUACUUCACGCUGUUUGGCACGAGCGUGACGUGCCUGACGGGGACGGUAAUAAGUUUGCUCGCGAAGUUGGCUGGCGGUGAACAGCAGCGGCCCAUCGAUCCAAAGCUUUUGGCACCGUGCAUUAGAAAGAUGAAGCCAAAGGAAAUGGGCCUGUCGUUCAGAGCCGUACCGACAGAUGGGAAACAGGCUGCCUUAGAGGAGGAGGAUACCAUGAGGCCAAAGGAGCCCGGGUCUAAUGACGAUUGAUGUUUGCAUGAGUGAUUACCCUCGGAGUAGUGCGUGGACAUUAGAUUAUAACUGGAUUGCUAGUGGUAAGAUAU